AAUAUAUGUCAUUUUCUUAUUGUACUAUCCAAAUGUCUGCAUUAUCUUCUCUUUGUGAAUACGAUUCAGAAGAAAGUGAUUGUGAUACAAAAUCAACAAAAAAUAAAAAAUUAAAAUUACGUUUACCAGAUUUAAGCGCUGUACCAGUUAUCCCUACUGAGAAUUAUACUGACAACUGCGACUUACAUGCAGGACGAUUGCGUUCUUUUCCUCAUGUGAGAGGAAAUUGGUCUUCGUUUGUUUAUAUACAGUAUACAGAGGAUGAGGAUUUCUUAAAACUAUUUAAAAAAUUACAAGCAAAGGUGUUUGAAAUUGAUGGAUCAUGUUAUAAAUGUGACGAUUUUCACAUAAGUUUAUCAAAAACUGUUGUACUGCAAUAUCAUUUGAUUACUUCAUUUAGUACCACACUACAGAAGAUACUCUCAGACUUUGAAAGUUUUAAAUUGUCUUAUGACUCUGUUAAAAUUUACUGCAAUGAAGAAAAUACUAGGACAUUUGUUGCACUAGAGGUUGAUCAUUUCAGCAAGAAAUAUUUGAUGCAUAUGACAGACAAAAUUGAUAAUGUACUAAAAGAAUAUAAUUUGCCAACAUUCUAUGAGAAUCCAUCUUUUCACAUGAGCAUAUUAUGGCUAAAUGGAAAUAAAAAAGCUCAGCUCAUUAAUAUAUUGGACAAUUUAAAUGAUAUUUUGUUGAAUAAAAAUCUUAAGACUAUACAUAUUAAUAAAGUGAACUGUAAAGUUGGCAAUAAAUAUUUUCAAUAUUUCUUGCUUUAA